CCGGCCGGGCGCCUGGUCCUGGAGCGCGUGCGCACUGGGAGUGGACGGGAACUCGGGCUGAGGCGCCGACGACCCGGAGGCGGCGCUGGGUAGGGCGUGUGCGCGAGACGUCGGGAGCUCGCCUCGCCGCCUUCGAGCUGACCAAGCGGCCCGGUCUCUUGUGUCGCUUUCACCAUGUCCAAGUCAUUGAAAAAAAUUGUGGAGGAGAGCAGGGAGAAGAACAUUUUGGAGGUGGACAUGUGCGAACGAAGCAUCUCUAAUAUGCUGGACAUACCUGGUUUGUUCACUCUGUCUCACAUCACACAGCUGGUCCUCAGUCACAAUAAGCUCACAACUGUGCCUCCAAAUGUUGCAGAACUAAGGAAUUUAGAAGUACUCAACUUUUUCAACAAUCAAAUUGAGGAGCUUCCCACUCAGAUUAGCAGCUUGCAGAAGCUGAAACACUUGAACCUUGGGAUGAACAGACUGAAUUCCCUGCCACGUGGAUUUGGCUCUCUACCCGCUUUGGAGGUUCUGGACUUGACUUACAAUAACCUAAAUGAAAAUUCCCUACCUGGAAACUUCUUCUAUCUAACCACCCUGCGUGCACUCUAUCUAAGUGACAACGAUUUUGAAAUCCUGCCACCAGAUAUUGGGAAGCUCACAAAGUUGCAGAUACUUAGCCUUAGAGAUAAUGACCUGAUAUCACUCCCUAAAGAAAUUGGCGAGCUCACCCAGCUUAAAGAACUUCAUAUCCAAGGGAAUCGUCUCACUGUGUUGCCUCCUGAGCUAGGUAACUUGGAUUUGACUGGUCAAAAGCAAGUCUUCAAAGCGGAGAAUAAUCCCUGGGUUACACCUAUUGCAGAUCAGUUCCAGCUGGGCAUAUCUCAUGUGUUUGAAUAUAUUCGUUCAGAAACAUACAAAUAAACUUCAGCCCAAAAUGAAGUGAAAAUCACAUUGCAUGUGAUCCGAAGACCCACACAGCUGGUUCCACGUGUUCAAGAACAUGUUUGUUUGUUGCAUUUAUAUCCUAGCAUUUUUUCUCCAAGGAGGCCAAGGUGGCAGAUGCGAACCACCUCCUCUCCUUUUAUCCUCACAUCAACCCUGGGAAGUAGAUAAGUGAGAGCUGGUGACAGGUCCCAAAUUACCUAGUGGACUGAUAGCCAAGUGGGAGCCUAGAGCCCGGAACUCCUGAGUUCCUUCCAGGACUCUCUGCAACUGCAGCACAAUGGCAUUAGCUAGCCACUUUUAACCCUCAGAAUUGGAAGGCCAGCUGUGAUAUGGCACAACAGUCUGGUGUUCAAGGAAGAAAAGGAUUGCCAAAUUCCACAAAGCAUGCCCAUGCCCUGCAGAAUGCUUAAAUUAGCUCCUGGCAUCUUAGCUGCUAUUGCUCUGCCUUUCUUGACCUAAAAACCAUCAUGUGAAUUGUCCCCAAAUGUUUCUGAUAUUAUUUAGAGUCACACUGCUUGCUCUCUCACAAAUCUAUACUAUGUUUCUGGUGCAUAACCGUGAAUAAUUAAAAGUCCAGACUGUA